AUGAGACAACUUAAUGCGGUCAUUGCUGACGAGCAUAGUUUAGCUUUUGUGUCUGAUAGGAAUUCCUCGAUUGUUAAAGCUAUUGCUAACGUGUACCCGCAAUCUCAUCACGGAAUUUGCAUUCACCACUUGCUGAAUAAUGUUGUAACAUAUUUUAGUGGGAAAGGUGUGGCUGGUUUGGUUGCAAAGGCUUCUAAAGCUUAUCGAGCUACUGAUUUUCGUAAGCUGUUCACUGCUAUUUACUCUAUUAGUCCUGAAAUUGGAAAUUAUCUCAUAGAAGCCGAUGUGAGGAAGUGGGCUCGUUGUCAAUUCCCGGGUUACAGGUAUGAUAUCAGCACUACUAACCCUGCGGAAUCGAUAAAUUCUGCUUUGCGUACGCCUAGAGAGUUUCCAGUAAUACCUCUAAUGGACAGCAUUAGGGAAAUGAUGACUCGAUGGUUUUUCCAACGUAGAACUUUAAGUUCUAAGCACUCGAAGCCACUGACCAUUGCUGUGGAGAAGAAGAUUGACAGAAGGAUUGAGAAGGGUAAAAAGUUUAAGGUCUUCCCAAUUAGCGAUGACAGGUUUUUGGUUCAAUGUGACACUUUUGACUGCAUGGUUGACUUGGUCAGACGCACGUGUUCUUGUGGGAAGUUUGAUCUGAUGAAAAUCCCAUGCAGGCAUGCCAUAAAAGCAGGCUUCAGUGUUGGAAUACAAGCACACACACCCACGAACGACAUAUACACUACUGCGUCAUGGCGCACGGCUUAUGAAGAAAGCAUAAAUCCUAUUGGUGUCCCUGAAGAUGCUUGGACUGUUCCAUCUCAUGUGGAGCAGACGAAAGUCCUUCCUCCAGAGUCUAGACGAGCUGCAGGUAGAAGAAAGAAACGCAGAUACGAGACAACCGAAGAUAAGAUCCGUUCGUCACAAGGAAAUCAAGGCUCUAAAGGUCGCAAAUGCAGCCGAUGUGGGAUUCGAGGGAUCGAUAGGAGAACAUGUGAUCGAGCAAUAUAA